AUGAAGAAUGCAACUUUGGCUGCGCUUUCAAGCAGCCUCUCUCGAGUGUGUCACUGCGACGGUUUGUUGCUAUGCACAACCGAAGCCUACUCAUGGCUCGCCGUUUGGAACCCUUUCACAAGUCAAACUCGGUGGAUUUGCGUUGAGCCUAUAUCAAUUCGCCACAGGAAGAUUUGGUACUCUCAUGCUCUCGGGUACGAGAAAGGCAAGUCGUGCCGCGUCUAUAAGAUCUUGAGAUUUGCUGGAAAUGUUCACGAAGUCUAUACGUUGAAGAGCUCUGAUUCUUGGAGGGCUCUUGAUGUUAGUCCAGACUGGGAUAUAGGUUACGAUAACCACGGCGUUUCCUUUCAAGGAAACACGUACUGGUACGCUAAGGUAGCAGGAGGAGUAGGUUUCUUGCUCUGUUUCGAUUUCACGGGAGAGAGAUUCGGACAGCUUCUGCCUCUGCCGUUUGAGUGUUUUUCAGAAGAUUCUGUGAUUCUGUCUAGUGUUGGAGGAGAGCAGCAGCAGCUUGCGGUUUUGUUUCAGCAUCGUGAGACGUUUGAGAUGGAGGUUUGGGUUACGACUAAGGUUGAGCCUGAUGCUGUGUCGUGGAGCAUGUUCUUUGCGGUUGAUAUGGGGCCAUUGACUGGGUUUAGGUUUAACACUGGUGGGAGUUUCGUCGUAGACGAGGAGAAUGCAGCUGUGGUUGUCUUUGAUGAAGGUAAGAAUGUGGAGAAACCGACUCGCAACACAGCUUACAUCGUUGGGUUUGGAGAGAGUAGUUACUUCAGGGAAGUUGAUUUAGGGAAGAUUACAUCAGGGAAAGAGGGUUUUCCGCAUGCGUGCUCCUAUGUUCCAAGUUCAGUGCAAACUUCAUGA